CCUAUUGUCGACCUGGUCUUCGUCAACCCGCCUGUUGGCGAAUCAUGGGAAAUGUAGUCCACAGCUGCUCUCAUGCCAAACGUUAUCCUCCUCUAGUCUAUGGCACUAGUAAUUUGUAUUGGUCUUUCUCCUCCAGGGCCCGAUUUUAAUGUCGGCCGGCCUGCAGCCCUGACAAGGCUCUGCUGUACCCUGGAAUGGACAUUGGGACUGUAGGAAGAUUGGAUCAUAUACAUACAAAUUCACAAUUUCAUCAUAAAACCAUGGCUACUGGAUUGACAAAUGUAGGGAAUGCUUUUGGAGGGCAAACCUCCUCUGCCUUUCAAAGCACUCCUAUUGAUGACGACGACGAUGAUGUGGUUUUUGUUGAGCCUGUACAGGUUACUCAAAGUACACCACAUACUGAUCAGAGAAGGGUAGGAUUUCCUAAACCAAGGAAAGAACAGAGGGCAGACCCCAAAUUACAUUCUUCCAGCAAGGAGUUGGAUUCUCUUAAAGGAACAAUAAGUGAGACAAUCAUCAUAGAUGACGAGGAAGAUCCUGAACCAUGCCAUGUGCAAGAAAAAAAUGCUUCCAGCUUUGGUGACAGACUUCUAGACACCAAUAGACCUAUCAGUGUGGAUUUUCCCUCCUCCUCCAGCUUCUCAAGGAGCAAAGCAAAUUCUGGGAUUAUUAGUACUGGUAUUACUACUGAGCCAGACUCUGAAAUACAAAUUGCAAAUGUCACCACUCUAGAAUCUGGCAUAAAUUCUGUGAAUGAUAGCCACCUUCAAAAUACUGAGGGGCGUGAUAUGAAUUUAAUGAUUACCCAUGUAACCUCUUUGCAGAAUCCAGGAUUAGGAGAGGUCCAGAAUGGAUUGCAUUCCAAUAAUUUUGGUGUUCAUGUGCAAACAUAUCCCCCUACCCUUGCAUCACAGACUAAACCUGCGAUGGGUCCAUACAACCCUGGAAGAAUUGUUAGCGGAGAUGUUUUUCAAAAUGGAGAAUCUGCAACUCAUCCUAAUCCUGAUUCUUGGAUAUCCCAAUCUGCUUCUUUUCCAAGGAACCAGAAGCAACCAGGAGUGGAUUCCUCCUCACCGGUAGCCUCCCUUCCAAAGCAGGUUCUUCAGUCUCCAUCGCAGCAACCACAGCCACCACCUCCGAAAGCGGUUAAAGUCACUUGUGCGAAUUGCAAAAAGCCACUCCAGAAAGGGCAGACUGCAUAUCAGAGGAAAGGCUCUACACAUUUGUUCUGUUCCACCAAUUGCUUAUCAUCAUUUUCGCAUAAACCAGCUCCAAAGAAGCUCUGCACAAUGUGUAAAAAAGAUAUUACAACAAUGAAAGGAACAAUUGUUGCUCAAGUAGAUUCGAGCGAAUCUUUCCAAGAGUUCUGCAGUACGUAUUGUUUAUCAGUCUAUGAGGACAAGCAGAAUUCUUCCAAAAAUCAAAGCAAAUCGAGAUGCACUAUUUGUGGCAAAUUAACAGAGAUUCGCCAUGAGGUUAGCUUUAAAAACAUGACCCAUAAGCUCUGCAGCGAUCACUGCUUCAAUCGAUACAGGAUGGCUAAUGGCUUGAUCAUGAAUUGCUGCGAACAGUGUGGAGAAUAUUUGCCAAGCAAAGGCGCUGGAAAUAAUGUACUUAUGGUUGAAGGCCAGUGGAAGAGGUUUUGCAGCCCAGCCUGCCUCAAUGAUUUUAAGCUGAAACAUGGCAAGCUAACAAGUUGCACGGGAUGUAAAGCGCAAUGCAGGUGCUUCGAUAUGACCCAGUGUAUUGGAACGAAUGGGCACAUGGAACCAUAUUGUUCAACCACGUGCAUGAAUAAUCACAAGGCAAAAUAUGCAAAACCUCCAACUCAGAAUGCGGGAAUUAUUUGUCAUUUUUGUAAAAAAAACUCUUUACCUCAGUAUCAAGCCACAAUGCCUGAUGGAAAGCUGUACAACUUCUGCAGCUCUGGAUGCGUAGCAAAGUUCCAGACUCUUAGCAUGCAAUCAACCACAAAUGGUCAGCAUGCCAGCAGUGACAUUCAGCUAAAAUGCAAUUACUGUAAAAAUGUGUUUUCUUCCAAGCCAGAAACGCUGGAGUGGGAGAAUAAAGUUAAUCAGUUCUGCAGUACCACUUGUUGUGAGGAUUACAAGAAGCUGCACUGUAUUGUUACAUACUGUGAAUACUGCCAGGAGGAGAAGACUUUGCAUGAAGUCAUUAAAUUCUCUGGUGUCAAGAAACCAUUCUGUAGUGAAGGUUGUAAGCUUCUAUACAAGCAAGAUUUUGCAAGGCGACUAGGACUGAAGUGUGUAACUUGCAAUUACUGCUUUCAGAUGUGUAAAAGAGGGGCAACUAAAGAAUAUGAUGGCAUGGUUAGAGAUUUCUGUAGUGAAGACUGCAGCAAAAAAUUUCAGGAAUGGUACUAUAAGGCUGCAAGGUGUGAUUGUUGUAAAACUCAAGGAACCCUUCGGGAAAAAGUACAGUGGAGAGGAACCAUAAAAAACUUUUGUGACCAGCAGUGCUUAUUGCGUUUCUAUAGCCAGCAAAAUGAGCCCAACAUGUCAACUCAGAAAGGACCUGAAAACAUGCAUUAUGCAGAUCAGGGUGUUCACACUACCCGAACAAGAUCUACGGGAGCUGGUCCCUCCUCUGCACCUGCAAUGUCUAAGGACAUGAAGAAUAAAGCUGUUCUGUGUAAACCAUUAUCGAUGACCAAGGCUACCUACUGCAAACCUCACAUGCAGGGAAAGAUUUGCCAGACAGAUAACACAAUGGCAGUGACUUCUUCAGUGGAAGAAUUGAACACAAAGUAUGUCCCAGUGCCUAUUCCUGUACCAGUGUACUUACCGGCUCCUAUGCACCUCUACAGUCAGAACAUUCCGACUCCCACUGCUGUUCCUAUUCCUGUCCCGAUUCCAAUCUUCCUGCCAGAUUCUCUUCUCCGUAAAGUCCAAAACGGUAAACUACCUGAAGAAUUCAGAGGGAUCGCAGAAUUAGUGGCUAAGAGCACCUUAUGUGCAGAAGAAUCAAUGGAGACACUUCCUUUAGCUACAGAAGAAACAUUGGAAAAGGAUCAAUCUGCUCCCGAAGAAAUAUUGGAGGAGAAUUCCCUUCCCCCAGAGGAUGUGUUGAUGGAGGAUCCUCUUCCCUCAGAGGAUGUGUUGGCGGAUGAUUCCCUUCCCUCAGAGGAUGUGUUGGCGGAUGAUUCCCUUCCCUCAGAGGAUGUGUUGGCGGAUGAUUCCCUUCCCUCAGAGGAUGUGUUGGCGGAUGAUUUCCUUCCCUCAGAGGAUGUGUUGGCGGAGGAUUCCCUUCCCUCAGAGGAUGUGUUGGCGGAGGAUUCCCUUCCCACAGAGGAUGUGUUGGCGGAGAAUCCCCUUCCCUCAGAGGAUGUGUUGGCGGAGAAUCCCCUUCCCUCAGAGGAUGUGUUGGCGGGGAAUCCCCUUCCCGCAGAGGAUGUGUUGGCGGGGAAUCCCCUUCCCGCAGAGGAUGUGUUGGCGGAGAAUCCCCUUCCCUCAGAGGAUGUGUUGGCGGAGAAUCCCCUUCCCUCAGAGGAUGUGUUGGCGGAAAAUCCCCUUCCCUCAGAGGAUGUGUUGACGGAGAAUCCUCUUCCCUCAGAGGAUGUGUUGGCGGAGAACCCCCUUCCCUCAGAGGAUGUGUUGGCGGAGAAUCCUCUUCCCUCAGAGGAUGUGUUGGCGGAGAACCCCCUUCCCUCAGAGGAUGUGUUGGCGGAGAACCCCCUUCCCUCGGAGGAUGUGUUGGCGGAGAACCCCCUUCCCUCGGAGGAUGUGUUGGCGGAGAACCCCCUUCCCUCGGAGGAUGUGUUGGCGGAGAACCCCCUUCCCUCGGAGGAUGUGUUGGAGGAGAAUCCCCUUCCCUCGGAGGAUGUGUUGGAGGAGAAUCCCUUUCCCUCGGAGGAUGUGUUGGAGGUGAAUCCCUUUCCUUCAGAGGAUGUGUUGGAGGAGAAUCCCUUUCCUUCAGAGGAUGUGUUGGAGGUGAAUCCCUUUCCCUCAGAGGAUGUGUUGGAGGUGAAUCCCUUUCCCUCAGAGGAUGUGUUGGAGGAGAAUCCCUUUCCCUCAGAGGAUGUGUUGGAGGAGAAUCCCUUUCCCUCAGAGGAUGUGUUGGAGAAGAUCCCUCUGUCUCCAGAGGAAAUAUUAGAUAAAAGUCCACUUCCUAUAGAUCUAGCACAUGAAGAGAGCCCCCUUCAUACAGUAGUGGUAUUGGAGAAGAGUCCCCUACCCAGAGACGAAAUAAUGGAGAAAAGCCCCCUUUCUUCAGAGGACAUGUUGGUAGAAGGUCUCCUAUCUACAGAUGAAAUGCUAGAGAAAAGUCCAAUUCCUACAGAAGAAUUUUUAGAAAAGAGUGAUCUAGAUGAGGAAAGUGUUAAGAGUCCCUUAGCGCUCAGUGACAUAGACGAGUUGACUGUGAUCGAAGUAGAUCCUGAAGAUAAAGAAAUUUGUGAAAAUAUUACCAUUGAAGCAGUUUCACAGAUAUUGGACGUUGUCCCUUUUAAAAGCUGCCUUACAGAAGAGCAACUAGUGUUGCCAGAUGUACCUUAUGAUCCAGAGCUUGAUAUUGAAGUAGAUUUUCCAAGAGCUGCAGAAGAGCUUGAUACAGAAAAUGAAUUUCUGCUACCUCCUGUGUUUGGGGAAGAAUAUGAAGAUCAACCUAGACCACGACCCUUUAAAAAGGGUGCAAAGAGAAAGGCUCUUCUGGAUUGCCAAUCCCUUGAUGAUAGCCCUGAGAAUACAGAAUCCGUUUUUCCUUUUAAAUAUUCUUAUGGUCUGAAUGCUUGGAAGCACUGGGCCAGAACACAUGCCUGUAACAGCGAUGAGAUGCCAGAGUUGGAAGAACCAAGCUGCACUAAAUCUGUGAAGUUAAAAGAUCUUCUACAACACACUCCACAUGAACUCAGCUGUUUGCUGGCUCGUUUUGUCAACGAGGUCCGAAGACCAAAUGGAGAAAUCUAUGCACCGGACAGCAUUUAUUAUAUAUGUCUUGGAAUUCAGGAGUUCUUGUCUUGCUGGAGAAAGGACAAUAUCUUUGUAGAUUCAGACUACCAGGAAUUUGGACAGGAAUUCUGUAAAAUCUUAAGAAGUUGGCAGCCUAGUAUUCUUCCUGAUGGGUCCAUAUUCUCACGGGUUGAGGAAGAUUAUAUGUGGCAAGUAAAUCAACUUGGAACUCAGUCACCCAUGUCCCUCAUUUUUACCCUGUUUUAUUUCAAUACAAAGUAUUUCAACCUGAAGACUGUAGAACAGCAUUUGAGACUAUCAUUUGGCUCUGUUUUGAGACAUUUAAAAAAUAACCCUCUAACUAAAGAAAACAAAGCUUGCCUUCAAUACCAAGUUUCAUCGCUCUGUGAGAAUGACAGCACAGAUAAAAUUACCUCCAGUAAAAGAAAACACGAGGAUGAUGAGCCAGUAUUUGAACAGAUUGAAAACACAGCUGAUCCAUCACGAUGCCCUGUGAAAAUAUUUGAGUACUAUUUAUCCAAAAGUCCUCAGAAUCUGAAGCAAAGAAUGGAUCUUUUCUAUCUGAAACCAGAAAGCUCUGCUUCAACUGAAUCGCUUGUGUGGUACACCUCCUCUUCAUUGGAUCGCAACACCCUGGAAAACAUGCUUAUACGGGUUCUACUGAUAAAGGAUAUUUAUGAAAAAAAUAGUUAUGAACUGGAUGAAGAUACAGACUGAACUUUGCAGAUGGUUUAGCAGUCACAAAAAUGGAAACAGCAUUAGAUAGUCAAGCUGCUAGAACUAAUUACAGAAAUUUCCGAGUAACAAAAUUUCAUGUUUACUCCCCAUGUAUUUUAUGAGUUUUGUAGCCGAGUACCCAGUUUGGGUAUUGCAAUGUAAAUACGUGUGACAUUUGCCAUUUUCCUUGUAGUGAAUUUUAGGAUACAUAACACACGCACACAUAACUCAUUUUUUUAUUAUUUAUUUGAUUAGGUAUGUUUGUAACUUUUUACAUUACAAAAAUCUGAAUGAGAAUGUGCCAUGUGUAUUUUCCCAUAUUGUAGAAAUCAUUCUUCAUAUUGCACAAUUCUACUGUUGCAGAGCUUCCUUUUAAAGAAGCUUUUACCAGGUUCUUAAUUCAGAUUUGUGACUGGAUAGCACUACCGAUAUUUAGAAGUAUGCUGUGUCUGGGGGUUUUUUGUUUUGUUUUUUUAUUAUUACUUCUGAACUAAUAGCGUUUGUUUUGGAAUAAAAAAAAAACCCCAAAACAAUCUCUAUUAGUUUGAGAAAUAUUCCAUCUUCUGUACCAAAAAUUAGGCAAUUGAAAAACAAAUGCUGGUUAAUAUUUGUGUACUGUAACGUGAAGCUAUUCUUGUGAGAAUAAUUUUUUUUUCCUCCCUUCCUUAUUCCUGCUACCCCAUUUUAAUUUAUCCACUUUGAUUAAACCGUUACCAUGUCUUUCCUAAUUUGUGAUUCUUAUACCCAACAAAUAAAACCUGUAAAUUUGUGUCAA